AUGCUUCGUGUCUGGAAAGCUUCCGGCGAAGAGCUGGUCGCCAUCUCGGGUAAGGAGCUGAAGACUGUGAGGGCUUUGAAGAAGCAGCUGCAAGGCUACUGUGGGCUGCCACGCUUUCGUCAGAGGCUUCUGCUGGAUGGCAGAAAUUUGGAAGAUGACGAGUCCCUGGACUUCCCCACCGACCGCGACCUACAGCUGGUGAUGCUAAUACUUGUCAGCACCUGCGAUCUUCAAGCGGAAAUCCUCGAUGCAAUCUCGAAUGGUCGUGUGGAAGAGGUCGAGAGGCUCCUCCAGGUGCCUUUGGAUCCAAAUGCAGGACACUUGCUCCUAAGAGGCGCCAGGAACACUAAGAUUGAGAUCAUGCAGCUGCUAUUGGAAGCCCAAGCAGAUCCGAACGGCAAUGGCUCUGAGCAACCCUGGACGCCACUGUGCCAGGCCGUGCUCCAACAUCAGCUGACGGCAGUGCAAUGCCUGUUGACAGCCGGAGCUUGCAUCGAAAGAACCGGUAUACUGGGGACGCCCUUGUGCUUAUCAGCUCUAAUCCCACAGUCCGACGUGAUGAGUGUUCUCCUUGAGUCCCGGGCGAACACCGAAGCACAAACCGAUGCCGGAGCGACUCCGCUCCUCCUUGCGACUGAGAGCCUCAACCCAAAGGCGUCUAUGGAUGCUGCGACAGUUUUGGUGGAGGCCGGAGCCGUCGUAGACUCCACAGACAAAUCUGGACGAACCCCGCUGUGGAUAGCGUGCAGUCGCGGCCAUGUGAGGGUGGUGCGCUUGCUCCUGAAGGCAGGGGCUCGCCCCAGCAUGCGUGACAGUCGCGGCAAGACUCCGUUUGAUGCUGCGUGGGGCCGCAAGCAUGUUCGGCGGCUCCUAUCGAACGCCAAGUGGUCACGGGCACCGCACGUCAAAGCACGCAGCCGCCAUUGGGAAAAUUGGGCUUGCGAGGCGGAGAAGUGCGUCACAGACAUGAAGGCGGCACGCGAGGAAGCCGAUGGGCUACUGUUGGAGCACACGCAGGGCCCCGUCAAGGCUCGAUGGCUGACUUCUGAGAUUAGCCGCCAGAUUGCAGACAGGGAGGUCGCCCGGCAGGAGAAGCUCAUCCGUGAAGCCGAGAAGGAGAAGUCCCAGCAUGAACAGGCCCUUGCCAAGCUGGAGCGCCAGAAGAGGGAGGGCAAGAAGAAUCAGAAUGCCAUCCACAACGAGAAGGACAAGGGAAAGCAAGUGGCCCGCAAGAUCGCGAACCUGACUACCGAUCUCCAACAUCUUCAGGAGCAGGCAGCUGCCGCGGCCAACCAGUGCGCAGCACUCCAGGCUCUGGCCGUCCGUCACCUGGGCAACGCGGCGACCCUGGAGGGAGUGGAGGCCGAAAUCGAGCGAUCCUACGGCAGCAAGGACCUGUUGGAUCAGGAGUUCGAGUCGGAUGACUGGUCCGAGGCCGCGAGCUCUUCGGAGGAUCUCAUGGGUUGGGCCAACAUGAACGCAUCCGGCGCUCGGAGCUCCGAUUCGGCUGGCAGCACAGCCCUGGCGAAGCAGUCCGACAUGGCAAAAGUCGUCGAGGAUAUCGAGAAGAAGUGGCGAAAGGAGCUCAGCGCUACCGAGCACAAGUGUGCCGAGCAGCAGAUGCAGAUCGAUCGCCUAGAGGCGAUGCUGCAGCAACUCCAACAAGAGAAAUCCACGGGCGCUGGUAUCGGCCUUGGAUUGAAGUGCAGGAUCGAUCGCUCCUUGAGCUCUUUUACCAUGGUCGACCAGCCCAAGUUCAUGGGUGGCCGAGAGUUUGUGGAAGCACACGUUUCUCCUGUGUGUUCCGAUCCGAAGUCUCCUACUUCGGGGUCAUUCGGUGCACCGGAGGGCUCAGACGAAGGUCAGGCACAGGCUGUCGACGGGAACAUGACUGAAAUGCUGGCCGAGAUUGUAGGCGACUUGGAGUUCACAGACAAGGACCUUCUUCGUGCUGUUCCAGCCUGCCGAGCCCUCCACGGCUUUGGCCGUAUGCUUCGGAGACACAGCAUAGAUCCAUCAAAGCUCUACAACACAAGUGAACGUGUCGACCGGAUUAAUGAGUUCUGGUCACACAGCUGGAGAGCUCCGGUAUUUUGGAAGGUGUGGUUCCUUCUCAUGCUGAAGAACGGCAAGGCCGCAUGCAUCGUGGGUUCCAUUGUUGCCUUUUUCAUGGCGUGGCUGACGUACAUUGAAGCUCUGCCGGGCCUCUACUUCAUGCCUCUCAACACCAGACCAGGAUUCGAGAUGGAGCAGCUGGGGAGCAAUUGA